GACCAGUCCUGUGGCAGCCAAACAGCUGUUAAAAGACAAAAACAACAUUGAAAAUAAGAGAGAAAGUUUCUUUCGGUUUUUUACCUGAUGCGCUAAAAACAAAGACAAAACAAAGGCCAAAACGAAACAAAAACCAGUUAUUACCCAAUAGCACAAAGGCAAAGGCCGUACGAGAGCCGUAAAUCUUAUUGCAGACGCGACAGCUGUGGCGACAAGAGUCUGCCCUAAUUCGGAAAUCCAAAUGGAAGUGACCUUCAAAAAGGCCCGACUGGUAAAGCACACAAAUGCUGCAGCAGACGCAGAAGAAGAGUACACACCAACAGAUGGAUGGUGGGCCCUGCCGGAGCCCGCCCUUCUGCUGAUCUUUGAGCGCUUGAAUGUCCACGAUCUGCUGCAGGCGAGCCUGUGCUGCCGGCGAUGGCACAGCAUUGCGAACGAUGAUCUGUUGUGGCGUCAAAAGUUCCAGGAGAACUUUAGAGCCUCGCCCAGCGUACCGUUGAAGCCCGGCGCCGAGAGCUGGCGCUCCGAAUACCAGCGUCUGUCCACAAAAAUACCAUUCGUGCAGGCGCAGCGGCUGGAGCCGACGGUGGAGAACAAUCAUGGACACACGCAUCAGGUGCUGCAUGUGAGCUUUGCACACAAUGGUGAGAUGUUUGCCACCUGCUCCAAGGAUGGCUAUGUGAUAAUAUGGAACUCGCAGCACCCAUGCAAGGAAAAGUAUGCGCACAAUAUGAAACAAUUCAGCUGGAAGUACUCGCAAUACUCGCAGUUCAAUCAGAGCGACACUUUGCUGCUGGUGUCGGGUGUGCACUUUGGUUCGCCGCAGUCCACCUCCGGAGAGAUAGCCGUGUUCUAUUUGGGCGCAACAGAGUCUCAUUUACGCUGCCGAGUGGUCAAUCGUCCGUAUGACAUAUUUGGAACUUGGUUCAGUGAUCAGUAUCUGAUCUCAGGCGAUCUGCAUUGGCUGGCCCAUUUGGUGAGCACAUCGGUGCUGUGGCUGAACAAGGCCAAUCAGGAGAUUGACUCUGAGCACGUGCCGAUCAUGAGUCAAUUGUACAAGUUCUACAAUCGCAAUGCCAGCUCUGUGCGGGCCAUAAUGGUGGCCAGGUGCCCCUGGUUGGACGAGAGCAACGAUCCUUUGGCCAAGGAGGAGGAGGAGGCGCGCAGUCCGAGCUUCCCGUUUGCGAGUAACGAUGAGGCACAGGGUGCUCAGGCCAGUGGGAAUCCGCUGUCGCAUGCCGCCAGUCUUAGACGCACACGAAGUGCCACGCCCGAGGAGAACUUCUUGCCCGACAUAAGCGAGCGUCGGUCCAGAGCACGUCCGGGCGAUGCCACUAUACAUUACCUGGAGGAAUACAGAAAAGCGGUGGCGCCCACAAGCGAAGCCAACGACGAAGAGGACGAGGAAGAGUACGACUCGAUGGAUGUGCAUGAGGAGUACGAUGAAAUGGAGAAUAGCAUACCCAAGUAUCUCAUCUUUUCGACCGGUUCGAAGACAUUUACCCCGCACCAGAUCGGCUUCAAGCGGAUUAGGAACGUUUAUUUUCCCAAAAAACUGGAUCCAGGGCCCUCGCUGAAGGAGAGAAUAGCCGCCAAGCGGGCCGCUGCACAGCAGCAGCAGCAGGAGCCACGCAAUGAUCCGGAUUGGUGGAACUACGACUCGGUGAAGGAUCGCUUUGACCAGGUGGACAAAGUGAUCGAUCUGCAUGGACACAUCAUUGGCAUGGCGCUGAGUCCGGAUCAUCGUUAUUUGUAUGUUAAUACGCGACCUUGGCCAAAGAACUAUGUGAUCACCAAUCCCCUGGAGCCGCCGCCAAUUGCUCAAGAGAUCGAUAUACAUGUGAUUGAUUUGAUGACGCUGAAGCGUGUGGGGAAUAUGCUGCGGGCCCACAAGGCCUACACUCCCAGCACAGAGUGUUUCUUCAUAUUCCUCGAUGUCUGUGCGGAGUAUGUGGCCAGUGGGGCUGAGGAUCAGCAUGCCUACCUCUGGGAUCGCUACUAUGGCAUUAGUUUGGCGAAAUUCAAGCACUCGGAUGUGGUCAACAGUGUGGCCUUCAAUCCAAAAGACUCUGAGAUGCUUGUGACCACCAGCGAUGACUAUACCAUAAAGGUCUGGCGUUCCCGGGCCAAAGCAAAGGCCUAUAAUAUACCCAUUAAUGUGAGCGAAUCCUUCGAGCUCAAGCCGAAGAAAUGAAGCAACGCCUUAAGCUACAUCUACAUCAACAUCCUUGUGCCUGCCCUGCCCUGCCUCAUUAUGACAAAUGUUCAUGAACGACAAAAGUGGUUCUUACUGCCGGAAGAAUAGAUUGUUUGUUUAUAGCUGUUA